AAUUGAGCUGUUCAGCUUCAAACUCCCUGCUUGUAUCUACGUUGUACCACCAAAUGGUCCACUCAUCGCUGAUGCGGUAGGGAAGGUUGUCAAGUAUGGGGUUGGCAUGAACGCACACCGUGUUCCGUGUGGCAAGCGGCUGUACCUCUAUCCUGGUCGGGCAUAUCUUGCGUUCGUCGGUCGGAUUUAAUGAGGACUGGGGGAUGCUGCAAGGCAAGUUCGUUGGCGGAUCGGCAAAUGAAUCUUCAGCUCUCAUAAGGGCCAUCUGCAGUGGUUCCAUUGUACCUAGGUCGAUUUGCAAGGACCCCUGUUCAGCUGGACUAUGGGCCCUGGGCCCCCAGUCCACCAGCGACAUGAAUCCACCUGGAAAGUCGUCGGACGAACAGGGGUUGGAUGAGUGAGGAUCUGGUAUUGUCGCUCGAUCGCUGACUAGGCGUUCUAGGCGUGCAAUUGGGUCGUUCAAUUGUGAUAGCGCAAUGCAUCACGGCUCGGCGGCCUCGGCUGUGGCAUGGAAUUGACAAGGGGACAGCGACAUAUUAAUUAUUGCCGGACGUGAGGAACGGAAUGACACCUUGGACAGCCUUCAGAACCGAUUAUGGCAACCCUGAGGCGUCCCAAGUGCAACAUCAAGCAGGACUAUUCUGUAGACGGAUAUUGCAGGUCCCUAGAAAGGAUCCGAGAUACAGUAGUAGAGAGUGGCGGGUUGUUGCCUGCUGUCUACCUAGGUACCGUACCUAGGUAGGGAAGCACUGCAUGAUUGGCAAGUGCGGGCAUCGCAGGCGCAGGUUUGCAACGGCGACACUGGCAGUACAAGUGAGCAGUCCAUUACUACCUACUACACUGUAGUAUGCUACGCUUUGCCAGUGGCAGGUAUAGGCGCCAAUAUCCAUCAAAACGCCCAACCGACCACCACCACUGCUCUACUCCUGCUACUAAUAACACUGGAGGGUGCCACCGCAAAUGCUAGUAUAGCAGAGACAUUGUCCCUUACUACUACUAGUACCUGAACAAGUGCCUGAGCCGACGGCGAGCCUGUCAGCCAUUCCUUUCGAUCCCCUCUGACGAACUACCGCUCGCGUCAGCCUUCUGGUGGCCUUCUAUUCCAGGCUCCAAGAUUCUCGAUGGCGGCAUGUGACCAGAGGGCCUUCUCUUCUACAGCUGUCUCGCUUCCCCCUCGCAUGUCUACGGCCGUCUCAAUGCGAGCGAUGGUUGAUAAGUCUGUAUUUACGUACAAUACGAGGAAAAUCUAUUUCUCCUGCCAAUCAUGGUGCUGACUAUGCCGCGGGCAGAUAGCGCUCCUUGCGCAAUAUAGAAGCACCCGUGUUACAGCCGCAUUCAGCCACCGAUGAUCUGCAUUGGAUCUCUCACUUCAGCAGCGGGUUCUCCCUCGAUGAAAGGUACCGAUGCACAGAUUGGCAAUGGGAACGUAUCCACACUACCAGUACAACCCUAUCUCCCGAUCUGGCUGGGAAGCCAUCGUGGAACAGGAAUCGAUGGUAACAAGCGACGCUGCUACCUGCAGGUGGCUAUCCCCCCCCAAAAGAACAGUACCUGGUACAUCGUAGGUAUCUGGGUAUGCAGCUUGGCCAUACUGGAUCAGAUUCAAGCAACGCUGAUGGAGUAUCACUUGGUUCGAUUGUGCAGACAGACGAUGGUCGCGUUGAACUGUACGCCAGUGAAUGAGACCGGUGCACGGAAUCGACCGUCUCUUGGAAUCGAGCUGAUCCUCAGGUCCAUAAUUGAAUCACUUGUAUGGCUACGUCCAUAGCAGUGGUGGCCCAAUUGGCCAUCACUUGGGCUAAAAAAAGCUCCCCCUUCGCUCACGCCAAACACUCGCUAGUACUACUGCCGAUUCGACGUCUACUUGCGUUAUGGGCCCUGGUCAGUCUCGCCUUGUUUGAUCGUGUCAGUGACGGCUGGGUAGAGGCAUAAGGGCGUCAAAAAAUCCCACUCCCUGUUUAGGAGCAUAAUCCCUCACUAUGGGCGGAGAGUGACCGCUCACGGUGGAUGACGGACAGCGGAAUUCCAAAAAUUCCAAAAGAUAUUGCUCUUUCGUCCUCCAUGUGGGUUGAUGGAUGGUGGGAAACGUGAUGGCCAUUCCCGCGUUCACAAACUGUUCCAUGACCAUGAAUCGAUGUCACACUGCUGUGGUAGUUACAGGCGAGCAGAUGUACAAUGCUGUAUCUUGCACCCAUCAGCAAUGAACGCCUUCUCCACAUCGAUGGACUGAUUGCGCCGACGGCAUGGUUGGGCUUGUGUACUAAUAUCGGAUUCAGCUCUCGAUGAGACCACCGUACAACAAAUCAAUUGCUUUUUAUCAAGGUUCAUGACCGCACCGAAAUUGGCUCGGAAGCAUUUUAGCGACUGCUUGGUCGAGUCAUAUGUCCAAGGGCACUCGUGACAACAUGCUUCUACAGCCCUGAGCGCUGAUAUCUUUGCUCGGUAACUCAACAAGCACUGCCGUAGGAGGCGCGGAGAUCCAUCUGUGUCUCCUCUACCACGUAUGGUUGCUAUUCGCCGGCCACCAUCCCUAGUAUGUGCUUCAAGCUGUCGGCGGAUCAGCCUACCCAAAUCCAGAUGAUGCCAAUAACCACGUCCAACCCCUUGCUGUCGGCGCCGGGGUACUUGUAGCUCCACAUGCCGUCCUUCUCGUUGUUCCAAUAUGCGCCACUGGCCGCAUGCAUGCCACGACGACCACUUGUCUUCUUGCCGUCAUCGCCCGGAGUCGACGAAGCAGCCGCAUGUUGUAUGAUUGUGCUGUUGACGAUGUACUUGAACUGAGGCUGGGCAGGGCCUGAUCCCGAUGCUGAUUUUUGGCUC